CACAUGACCUGCAUGUCACAUGAUCAAAAGAUGGCGGCAGUUAUAUAAGCGCCAGUAUUGUCAGAUGAAAACUCCAUGUUAAAGCAUUAAGCUUGUUUUGUCCGCUGUGUCAGAGUUCUCAAUUACAACUUUAGAGGGAGAAACAUUAAGAGAUACAAUCACUAAAGAUGGCAUCAGUUCCAAAGACAACACUUUCUGGUGGUCUGGAGAUUGCAAAGAUUCUGAAUGGAAUGUGGCAGGUCUCUGGUGCCCAUGGCAACAUAGAUCCCAGCAAAGCAGUUGGGGAAAUGCUCAAGUACUAUGAUGCUGGCCUCACAACCUUUGACCUGGCAGAUAUUUAUGGUCCAGCAGAAGAGAUAUAUGGUGCCUUUGUACAAAAGCUCCCCAGCCUGCGAGGGGAGGAUGCUGUAUCCAGGUUACAGGGCCUGACAAAGUUUGUGCCCCGACCAGGACCAAUGUCACGACAGGUGGUGGAAGGGGCCAUUGCUCGGUCAAUGAAACGAAUGAAGGUCUCUCGUCUGGAUAGUGUCCAGUUUCACUGGUGGGAUUACUCGGACAAGCGGUACCUAGAGGCACUGAAACACUUGCAAGAUCUCCGGAAGGAGGGAAAGAUAGGUGAGGUGGCGCUAACCAACUUCGACACGACUCGUCUACAGGAGAUCAUUGACCACGGAGUGACCGUGUCCAGCAACCAGGUCCAGUUUUCGCUCCUUGACAUGCGGCCAGCAAGGAAGAUGGCGCCAGUCUGCGAGGCAAACAAUGUCAAAAUACUGGCAUAUGGUGUGUUAGGUGGUGGUUUGAUCAGUGAGAAAUACCUGGGGAAACCGGAGCCAAAGGGUCGAUCCGUCCUCAACACUGCCUCGCUCAGCAAGUACAAGAACAUGAUAGAUACAUGGGGUGGAUGGCCGUUGUUCCAAGAGCUGCUUGAGGUACUGGAUGAGAUUGCCAAGAAUCACAAUGUAUCAAUACCCAACAUCGCAGCCAACUACAUCCUUGCGCAGCCGGCGGUUGGGGGUGUCAUAUUGGGGUGUCGACUUGGAGUGCCCGGCUGUGAACAUAUUGAUGACAACCUGCAAGCUCUCACAGUCAACCUUACAGACUCCGAUAAACUUGAAAUUGACUUUGUGUUGAAGAAAGGUCGUGACCUGAUGACAGCUAUUGGAGAUUGCGGAGACGAGUACAGAUGAUGGGUAGAAAGUUUGGUGUUAUUCUUACAGGUGAUGUGACUGUUACUUAGCAUCGAAUUACUGGAACUACCCAGUUUGUAGCUCCCCUUCACGAGUUGCAAAAAGGCAAUUAUCACAUGGUUAUGAAGAGUUUUAUUUCUUCUAUUCUAAAAUAUGAUGAUCUGGAUCUUUGUGUGUAUUACUUCGCUAAUAACAGCUUACAUAUGUAGAAAGUCAGGUCAUGAUGUUGUUGAAUGACGGAAGGCUGCAUUUCAUCAGGGCCUUGUCCCACAAACUGAUCUGGGGGCACGGGUGGCUCAGUUUUCUGACGCGCUGCAAUUCGCUGUGUAGAGUUGCAUCAUUUGGGCACGCCAGAAACCUA